AUGUCUUCCCAAGCCCAGUCAAAAGCAAAUUACUUAUCUCCACCUGUAUCACCAGAUAAGACGAUUGUCAAGAAUGGUUUAAAACGUUCAUAUUCCAAAUCAAUUGGUGAAAAUGACCCAAAAGUUAAUUCUGAAGAUGGACAAAACAAUGCUCUUAAUACUGUUGAUACCAAAGAAAAUAAACCACAACAAUGGAUGACGAUCAGAUCAUACCAAAAGAAAAUCAAAGUUAGUGAAAUAACUAGAUUUGUUGAUGCAUAUAACAUAUACCCUAAAUCAAAUAGAACGACGCAAUCAAAAAAAAAGAGAGCUUAUGCAUCAAAUACAUCUUAUUCUUGUGUACCAAAGGAAAAAUCAGCAUCUGGUGAACAUAAUCUUACUUCAAGCUCUCAAAAUAGUGAUGCUGAAACUUCUGCUCGUACUUAUGGUACAAGAUCUAAAAAGAAAGCUGUUGUUGAUGAAUCCACAAAUGAAGUUAAUCUUGAUUCAAGAGCAGCUUCUAGAUCAAAUUCAAGAAUCAAUUCUGACGAUGAUAAUUCUGAUAAGAGAAUUUUUCAAAAGAACGUUCUGGAAACGACUAAUGGUGAUAAAUUGGAAUUUUUGAAGCUGAGCAAUGUGCAAUUAAUUCAUGAUGUUGAAAUUGACGAAAUCCCAAAUUUUGAGCCUCAAAUUGAUUUGGAUGAAACAAAAUUGAAUAGAAUUUGUAAAAAAAUAGGAUUGAAUUUUGAUAACAAGUUUAAAGCUUCAAAUGUUAACAAUAAAUAUAAAUUAACAUCAAAAGAAGUGGCAUUGAUUCAUAGUUUAAAAUUAACACCAAUGCAAUUUGUUGACACCAAAAAAAGAUUUUUUGCAGAGAAAGCAAGAAAAAGACAUUCUGAAAUGACUUUCAAGAAGACAGAUGCACAAAAAGCUUGUAAAAUUGACGUUAAUAAAGCAUCUAAAUUGCACGAAAUUGAUAGAUUUUGUGGCUUCUUGAAUGAUGAAUUAUUUGAAUAUUGA